AUGGUCGUGCAAGUGCAGGUGCUCAGCGUGCAGUCCGUGGAGACAGCGCCCAGCCUCCUUCUGUCCACGGAGACGCGGCGUUUCCUAUUCAACGUCGGAGAUGGCACACAGCGCCUGUGUAUGGAGCACCACGUGCGUCUAGCCAAGCUGCAGCACGUUUUCCUGACUGAACUGCGCUCCCACACUGUCGGAGGCCUCCCCGGGAUGGUGCUUACAGUCUCAGACACGGGGAAAUCCGGUCUCCAUGUCCACGGACCGCCCAAUACCAAGCAAUAUCUGAAAGCCACACGCCACUUUUUGUACCGUCCUGAGUUUAAACUAGAAGCCUGCUAUGAAGACGACGAAGUGGUGGUGCACGCUGUAGCCAUAGCGAAGCCACGAUCUGGAGCUAAACGGAAACUGAACGAGAGCCCCACGUCCGAAGGUGAAGAGAGCCAUGUCAGCGUGAGUUAUGUGGUGGAAACGAGACUGCAACGAGGCAAAUUCCUAGUGGAGAAGGCCUUGGCCUUGGGUGUACCCAAGGGCAAAUUGUUCGGACAGUUGCAUCAAGGCAAGGACGUGACAUUGUCCGACGGAAAAGUGGUCAAGUCGAGUGACUGCGUGUUGCCGUCAGUGCCUGCUGCUGCCUGUGUGGUGGUGAGCUGUCCUACCCUUGCACAUGUGGACGCACUAGUGAGUAGUCAAGACUUUAACCGAUACAGAGAGUCGGCGGGUGAAGCUCAAGUGCAGGUGGAAGUGGUGUAUCAUCUCGGAGGUCUCGACGUGCUGCGUCACCCGAAAUACGCAGAGUGGACACGGAGUUUCGGCGCCCAAGCGCCUUCGGCCAAGCUGCAGGCUCAGCUCCACGCCGUCUUUCUGCGUGCUUUUCUCGUCCAAUGA